AAGAGUCCAUGUGAGCCUGACUCACAGUGGAGCAGCAGCCGGGGCGGUGCCCUUCUAUAAAACCUCUGCUGCACUUCUUUCACACUUCUGCUCAGAUCCUGCUCUGCUCCAUCGGAUCGGACUUCCUCAGCCCUGCAAGUUGAAACAACUUCCAGCAGCCAUGCCUUCUGACUUGGAGACCGCCAUGCAGCUACUCAUCACAGUGUUCCACCGCUACGCCGCCAAGGAUGACCACAACAACACACUUAGCCGGCGGGAGCUCAGGCUGCUGAUGGAGAACGAGCUGUCCAACUUCCUCAAGUCUCAGAAGGACCCUCACACCAUUGACAAGAUUAUGAAGGACCUGGACGCCAACGGAGACGGCCAGGUGGACUUUGAGGAAUUUGUUUCUCUGGUUGUUGGACUGUCUGUUGCCUGCGAGCAGUGCUAUCAGACGCACUUGAAGAAGACAGCCAGACAAUAAAAGACAGAGAAUAAAGAAUACAAAACCAAAGUUCUUUUGUAAAAUGUUAUUUUGUUGAAUAAAUCGACCUUUUGAUUUCAAAUCUCUAA